AUGAUGGCUCAGAUCUUUGCUAGCGCGCUCGGAGGAGCAGUUGAAGUUACGGAGUUCGGUACCACAAUUCUCGACUGCUCCCUGAUCAUCAUCGGCGAUCGUGUCGCCUUCGGCCCUAAUGUGAGUAUUCUGGCUGCGACGCAUGAGACUAGUGUCGAGUCUCGGAGAAAUGGAGUCGAAUUUGCGAAAGAGGUGAUUAUAGGUGACGACUGCUGGAUUGGAGCCGGUGUUUCUAUUUUGGCGGGUGUUCAUAUCGGUGAAGGUUGUACGAUUGGGGCUGGGGCUGUCGUCACAAAACCUAUUCCUCCUUUCAGUGUUGCUGUGGGGUCCCCUGCUCGGGUUGUUAAGCAGGUGGAGCCUGUGAAAUAG